UGUAUUCCUACACUAAUUGAUUCCUCUUUUUAUUCAUUUUUCUUAUAAAGAAUACUGUCGCUUUAUCAAGCCCACUGUUUGCGAAAUAAGGUAUUUUUAUAGCCAAGCCCUAGUUAGAUGCGAAGCCUGCUUCUCCAUGCAUGAGGGCUGUUCGAGAAAGCAAGCAAGCAAAGUGGGCGGAUAGUUGUCUUCAUCAUCUUCUUCGUCUUCCCUGACGUUAACAAGCUCCGACUCAGGUCUUUUGAGCAAGAGCAACGGCGGCCAUGGCGCCACAAUCUAUGACCUCAAUGCCUGCAGUUAUCUAGCCAUCAUCUAAAAGCGCCUCGCGCCUCUCCGAAGAAGAUCCGUUUAUUUGCUUCGUCGACAUUGGGUUUUGUGCCGACCUGUGUUCACUGUGGUCCACCAGCUGGAGAGCCGCCGUUUUCCUUUUCCUGGUGUCUUCAUCUCUUGCACAUCGCGGCCUUCUUCUUCUAGCCCGUUCGGAGCCUCAGUUUCUGGGACGAGCGAAGGAUUCGAGAGUUGGGUGUAGAGUGUUAGUGUGUGUAAAAGCUAGAGAGAGUUUCUCUGAGGUGUUCGUGUGUUUCUGUUUGGGCCGGAAGUUGUUUGGAGCUUGGAAGUUUCUGGGAGUGCGUUCAUUUCGUCCUGGGGUUGGUCAAGUGGUGGUUCAGUGGCACCCAAGAGCGGUGUCAUCUGGACGUAGCAGUACGUUUGAAGUUGGUGUAGGGAUUGUUGCUGUCAAUACACAGAGUGGUUGGCUGGCCUUUUCCUGUGCUAGUUCGAGGGUACGUGUGUUGGGGCUGUUGGUGAUGCUGUUGGGCACGCAGGUAGGAAGUGAUAGCGAGCUGCUCUUGAUGAGCUCGCGGGAGUGAAGGGCAUUUUGAGGGUGGUGAUUACCUGGUGAACAGUUGUCGGACGAAGGGCUGAAACAAUGGCAGCCCCAGCAGUAGUAGUAGCCGGACCGCCUCCUAUCAAGGAGUCUGAUUUGCAUCACCAUGCAAUGGAGCAGUUGCCUGGUCUGGCCUAUUGUAUCAACGACAAUCCGGAUUGGGGUACUGCAACUGUCCUAGGCUUCCAGCACUACCUGGUCAAUGUUGGUGUGGCGGUGCUGAUUCCACUUACAAUCAUCCGAGCCAUAGGUGGAGAAGCGCACGAUCUGGCUAGGGCUAUACAGUCUGUGCUGUUUGUGUCGGCGAUCAACACCCUUUUGCAGACCUUUUUUGGGGCAAGACUUCCAGUAGUAAUGGGGAAUUCGUUCUAUUUCUUGCCUAUGGUUCUGUCAAUUGUGACUAAACGUGGCAUCAUUGAUUAUCCGGAUCCCCAUGAGAGAUUCCUUCGGGGAAUGCGAGCGACGCAAGGGGCUUUCAUAGCAGGCUGUUUUCUCAACAUUAUUCUCGGAUUCAGCGGUCUGUGGGGCGUUCUCAUGAGGUACAUUAGCCCCAUUGUGAUUGCUCCAGUGACGACGCUAGUUGGACUUGGGAUUUUUGAACGCGGGUUUCCGGGGGUCGCUAAGUGUGUUGAAAUCGGCAUUCCUGCUCUCCUCAUCUUUCUCCUCUUAUCUCAGUACCUAAGACACAUCGAAGUGCGCGAACGUCACUUCUUCGAGCUCUUUCACGUCAUAUUCGGUGUGAUCAUCGUCUGGAUCUUUGCUGUGAUCCUGACAGUGGCGGGCGCUUACGACCACGCCAGUGAACUCGGCCAAAGGAACUGCAGGACUGAUCGUUCAGGCCUGGUGUCGGCUGCACCUUGGGUGAGGAUAUCGUAUCCGUUCCAGUGGGGGUCCCCCACGUUUGAUGCCGGUGAUGUUUUCGGCAUUAUGACGGCCGCAUUUGCAUCUCUUGUGGAGUCGACGGGUGGGUUCUACGCGGUGUCUCGACUCGCUGGAGCAACGCCACCUCCGCCGUAUGUGAUCAGCAGGGGAGUGGGAUGGCAGGGGAUUGGACUGCUGCUGAACGGGUUCUGGGGGACGUUCACGGGGACAACCGUGGCACCGGAGAACGUGGGGCUGGUGGGGUUGACGAGAGUUGGAAGCAGGAGGGUGGUGCAGAUUGCGGCAGUGUUCAUGCUUUUCUUUUCCAUCUUCGGGAAGUUUGGUGCAGUUGUAGCGUCGAUUCCUCAGCCAAUUGUGGCAGCUAUUCUGUGCCUGACGCUUGGGAUGGUCGUGGGGACUGGAAUCUCGCAGCUGCAGUUCGCGAACAUGAACAUGACGCGAAAUAUAUUUGUGGUGGGAUUCGCUCUAUUUAUGGGGCUGUCUGUGCCGCAGUACUUCAGAGAGUUCGAGUUGAGAGCUGGACAUGGCCCCGUGCACACGAAUGCUCGAUGGUUCAACGACAUCCUGAAUACAUUCUUCGGUGCGCCCGUGAUAGUGGCGUUCGUUGUGGGGACAGUGCUGGACAUCACUCUGACCCGGCACGUAUCGAAGAGGGACCGGGGUAUGCUGUGGACUCGCAAGUUCCGGCACUUCGGGCAUGAUCCUCGCAACUAUGAGUUCUACAGACUCCCUGCUGGUCUGCACAAGUUCUUCCCGCCCACUUAAAUGGUGCAUGCCCUUCAGUCGUUGAAGCGCUCGGAAUGGGUCAUUUCCUGCACAACUGCCGGAGUCAGCUGAUGUACAGUGCUCUUCAUAUGGUGUAGUGGGCUCCUUGUUCGGGAUCGUAAUUGUAAAUUUUCCUCCUGUUGGAGGGUGAUGUAGAAGAUUCAAGUAGCAGGACGUGGGUGUGGUGGUUUAGUGCGUAGCCUACAUAUAACUCUUGGGGACUGGCAAUGAAAUUGAGAAGAAUUUUUUGUAGGUGGAAUUGGAUAAUCUAGUUGCUGGCAGUGCCAAUUGUGUAUGAAAAUCGUGCAUAUGUACACUCACAAUUUGGGAUACAUCUUUUACACUCAUAAUUUGGGAUACAUCUUUUACACUCAUAAUUUGGGAUA